CUCUGGUUGGUCAAGGUGGAAGUGCCUAAAGACGAAACAAAAAUGGCGGACAACGAUCGGACGUGGAAAGUCUCAAUUAACUUUUUGGGCCUUGUUGACUUCAAGGACGGCAAUUUCCGACGUUAAACACCGCUGGACGGAUACCUGAAGCCUUGCAGGUUGCGAGGGACUGACGGGAGCCGGCGGUUUUUGAAUUCGCGUGGGACUUUUUAGCUCGAGUUUAGCAAGAUGAGUUCGAAGGACAAGAACAAGCACACCUUCCUGGACCGGUUCUCCAGCAUCCGGAUGCCUGGCCAGCCCAAGAAGAGCUCCAGCUUCAGGAAGAGUGUUCACCACGACAACGGGGGGUUCCGGGAGGGCGAGGAGGAGUCCAUGAUGCCGCAGGUGUCCAGCCUUACCAACAGGGAGGUGGAGGCCAUGUUUGAGAAGAUGCUGGAGGACAUGAACCUGUCAGAAGACAAGAAGGCUCCCCUGAGAGAGAAGAGUCUGGAGAUGAAGAAGGAGAUGGUGGCCGGGUACAUCAACAGAACAGCAGCUGUAUCGUUCGGAUUUGCGAAAAACACCAGUAAGUCUGACUCCAUGAAGCCCCAGGACUAUAUCCACGAGAUGAAGCAACUGAGUGUUGGGGAGAGGCUUCACUCCACUAUCAGCUCUCUCAGGGUCUCUCUCACAAGCAACCCUGUCAGCUGGGUGCAGAACUUUGGAGACGAGGGAUUGAACACAUUACUGCACAUUCUGGAGGAGUGCUACCAGAGUGAUGGAAGAACAGAGAAGAAGAUCCAGCACGAGUGUGUGCGGAGUCUCAAGGCUUUCAUGAACAACAAGUAUGGUUUGAGACAAAUGCUAGAGAAGGAGGAUGGGCUGACCAUCCUGGCACGGUCAGUCGACGCUGACAACCCCGCCAUCAUGACGGACGCUAUCAAGAUCCUCGCUGCUGUCUGCCUCGUACCCAACGGUCAUGACAAGGUGUUAGAUGCCAUCACAGUCAAUGCAGAGGUGGCAGACAGAGAGAGACUGGUCCCCAUCAUAGAUGGUCUCAGCACAGACAACGCAUCACUCAAGGUUGCGUGUGUCCAGUUUAUCAACGCCCUGACCAGCACACCUGAUGACCUUGACUUCAGGUUACACCUCAGGAACGAGUUCAUGAGGGCGGGGCUCAUCCACCAGAUCAGCGAGCUCCAUAAGACAGCUAACGAGGAACUGUACAUCCAGUUGAGGGUGUUUGAGGAGCAGAAAGAAGAAGACUUUGAGGAACUCUCACACAGAUAUAACGACAUCAGAAUAGAGCUGGAUGAUGUGCGAGAGGUUUUCGAGCUGGUGAAGAACACAGUGAGCGACAACUCUGCAGAGCCGUACUUCCUGUCUAUCCUUCAGCACUUGGUGCUGGUCAGGGACGAUGCAUGGGCAAGGCCACAGUACUUCAAACUGAUAGAGGAGUGUGUGGCCCAGAUUGUCCUGCACAAGAGCGGGGUGGACCCAGACUUCAGAACCAAACGGUUCCAGGUAGACGUAGAACCUCUCAUAGAGGGGCUUGUAGAUAAGGCAAAGGUAGAAGAAGCAGAGUUUAAAGCAGAGGAACUACAGAAGCAGCUUGAACAUGAGCUGACAGCGAGACAAGAGUCUGAAGCCAAGAUGGCCCUGAACACGGCAACGUACGAGGGCAAGAUCAAGGAGUAUGAAACUAAAGUAACAGAGCUAGAAAAUAGGAUAAAAGCUGGUGGGAUCCCUGCUGGUACAGGCAUCCCCCCACCCCCUCCCCCUCCCGGGGGCAUUCCUCCUCCACCCCCACCCCCUGGGGGCAUCCCCCCUCCCCCUCCACCCCCAGGAGGUGGCCCACCCCCUCCACCACCCCCACCGGGAGGCGGGCCUCCCCCACCCCCUCCCCCACCAGGCAUGGGCCCUCCCCCACCCCCCGGGGCGCCCCCACCCCCUGGUGCGCCCCUCAACGCCCUGCCACCGGGCAUGCAGCCUAAGAAGAAGUACAAACCAGAGGUCACCAUGAAAAGGGCUAACUGGAACAAGCUGCAACCGAGGACCCUGACGAGGAACUGCUUCUGGACCAGGGUCAAGGAGGAGAAGUUUGAGAAUGACGACCUCUUCCACAUGCUUCAGAACAACUUCGCCUCAAGUAGACCGCGAGGAAAAGUUGGUAUGGAUGAGGGUGGAGGGGACAUGGUGGAGGGGAAGGAGAUGAAGAAGAAAAAGGUGAAGGAACUGAAAGUCUUGGAUCCAAAGACAGCACAGAAUCUAUCCAUUUUCCUGGGCUCGUACAAGAUCCCUCACAGCGAGAUCAAGCGGCUGAUCCUAGAGAUUGACGAGGAGCGGAUGAGCGAGGGGAUGAUCCAGGGACUGAUCAAGCAGCUGCCCGAGGCCGAGCAGUUCGGCGCCCUGAGGGACAUGAGGGAUCAGUUUGAGGAGCUCAGCGAGCCGGAGCAGUUCUGUGUCUUGGUGAGCGACAUUAAGAGGAUGGGACCCAGGCUGCAGUGUAUUCUCUUCAAAAUGAAGUUUGAAGAAGUCAUUCAAGACAUCAAACCUGACAUAGUAAAUGUGACGGCAGCAUCAGAAGAAGUGAAGAACAGCGCCAAGUUUGCCAAGAUGCUGGAGCUGGUUCUGCUGGUGGGGAACUACAUGAACUCCGGCUCCAGGAACGCACAGUCCGUCGGCUUCGAGCUCAACUUCCUCACCAAGUUACGAGGCACGAAGACGGUAGACAACAACUCCACACUGCUGCACUUUGUGGCUCGGAUGAUCGAGGAGAGGUACCCAGACAUGAUCACGUUUGGGGACGAGAUCCUGCAUGUGGAAAAGGCAGCCAGAGUUUCUGAGGACACCCUACAGAAGAGCAUGUCCCAGAUGGAGAAGAACAUCACCAUGCUGGAGACAGAGCUGAAGAACCAGGCUAACAACAACGACCCUGCAGACAAGUUCAAGGACAAGAUGCAGGACUUUGUGGAGGUUGCUCGCGAGCAGUACGACCUGCUGAAGGGCAUGCACAGCCACAUGAAGACCCUCUACAAUAACCUGGCCGAGUUCUUCUGCUUCGAGACCUCCAAGGUCUCCAUGGAGGAGUUCUUUGGCGAUCUCGCCACCUUCAAGUCCGAUUUCUACCAAGCUCAGAAGGAAAAUGAGAAGAUCAGGGAAACACAGGAGAAGAUGAAGAGAGUGAAGGAAGCCAAGGAACGGGCAGAACGAGAGAAGAAGGAAAAGAUGAAGCUGAAACAACAGAAGGCCAUCAUCGACAUGAAUGCUGAGGGAGACCAGGAGGGAGUCAUGGACAGUCUGAUCGAGGCGUUACAGACAGGCAAGGCCUUCAGCAGAGAGAAGAAGGAAGGAAGGAAAAGGACACCUCGAGGGGCGGCUAACGACCCGGGACACCCCUUCCAUGCAGAGUCCCUUAGGCUUCUAGAAUACAGGCUGGGUGUCAUACCCGAGUACGGAGCUGAGAGAAGAGCGGCACUGAACAGGUCCAGGUCAAGGGUCAAUGUGGUCCAGCUGUCCAACUCCGUCAGUAAGGAGAUCGACAUCGACGGACCCUCGCAGGACAGUCCCGUCAAGGCGCCUCCCCGCAGAAACCGCCCGCCUGGCUCCGUGUCUGUCCUCCCCCGCGACUUCAAUGGGUCCAGCCCACCCGGAGACGCAGAGCAGCUUCUGGACAGGUUGAAGAACUUGUAGGCGGAUCGCGCCAUUUUGUGUACAGGGGGUUUAAGUGUAAUGUAAAACACACACACAUAGGUCCGUGCAGAUAGAAUUUGCAGGAAUGUGUGUCUUGUGGGUAUCAACCAGGGCUGUCUCUAGCUUUAAGUGUUUCACCGUCCCACUCAUUGUUUGGGAGACCAUGUGGUUGAUUUCCUUAAAAUUCUGUCAUGUUAAGCUUACG